AUGGAAAAUUCUGCUUUAACAGCACUUUUUUUACGGCAAACAGAUGCGAAUGAAGCUGAAAAGUUUUUAAAGUUUCACUUCAGAAACCUCACAACGAAAAGUGUUCGCAGGCGGUGUUUUAAAGUUGUUAUUGCUGCCACUGCUUCUGUUAGCUUAAUGUUCAAUGGAGCGUGGGAGAAUUGUAGUCCUUUUAUAAUUCGAACAAAAUGGUCCACAUUUUUAUGA